GAAUCAGUGGUAUCCUUGGACAGCGGAAUAGCAGUAACAAAACGAUAUUUACGUCAAAUAUGGCAAACGAAGUGUACUAAAUCAAACGAAACAUCUUCCUUGUUGCCAGCGGGGUUGCCAGGCACUGCGCGUCUCCUCCCUCAAGACCUGUUGUCACGAGUGGUGUGCCCCAGAUGACCAUUUUAGGCCCCUUAUUAUUUUUAUUGUACAUACCCACUUAGCGACUGGGUAUGAGUCUCCACUAACAUGACAACUGAGCUUGCAACUGAGCCAGCUUGGUUAGCUGGGAGGGCUGGGAUCCCAGUAUUGUGACCCCGGGAUCCCCACAGGCUACCCAGACUCUGUUGGAGUUUGUAAGACUUUUUAAUUAAUUUCAGAGAAUGUAUGAAAAUAUGUAAAAUAUGUCCUCAAUUCCACUUUUUGACAUAAAAGAAAUAAAAAUGAAUCAACUCGUGGUUUUGUCUUGUUAUUUACUGUCUCUUUGCUUCUAGAGCCAUUUGGAAGCCGCUUUGUUGACGUUUAAGAUUUUGAGUUGUACUUUUGUUUCUUAUUGUGAGUACAAC